AUGGUGGUGGAUGUCUUCUCCUCCUGCAUGGUGGGUGGCUGCUGGCGUUGUGUGCCUUCCUUGCGUGGAUGCUGUCUCGUGGUGUGUGAACUGUGCGGCUGGACCUGCUGCCCUUUCCUCAUUUUGUCUGCUCUCUCGCGCUGCGUCCGCGAUGCUCCGUUCCUCUCCCUCCUGUUCCAUUCCUUUUCCUUCUGCCUCACCGAUCAGCUCACUGACUCCAGCGACUCCACGACGCGUGACGAUGGUGCGGUGUGCGCCGUGUUGGUCCUUGCGGUUGUGGCUGUUGUGGUGGGUGCUCACUCCGUGUGCGUGACGGCUGCUGGGAGUCCUGGAGAUGUAUCUGGUGAUGCGGAUGCGGUGGUUGUGCCGGUGGAUGUGUCGUGUGCUCCGAGUGACGGCAGCCUGAGCUAUCGCGUGCGUGUGUGGGCGUGGAGGAAGUGUUCCGCUGCCGGUGCUGAGGCUCAGCAUGAGAAUUACACUUUCAGUGGCUUUGAUGUGCGCAUGCAUGGCAGGGAUGGUGAGCUGGGUGCUGUGUGUCAUGUGGUCAAUGCGGUGCACACAUGUAGCAGCUGUGCUGUCAGCUGUGCAACGGAAGAGGAAGAGGCCACCGUUGCCUUCACGAUGAAUGUGACGACGCAUAAAUACGCCGGCCCCUAUGAAUUGUGGUGGCGCCAAUUUUCCCCGAUGGAACCAUCCAUCCGCCUGCACGGAGCGGCGAUGCUGACCGGACGGGCAUCUGUCAGUUGCCGCCACCCCGUGAAGGGAAGGAUGACACAAAAUCUGGUGGGACAACUGCGCCGCAAGUCAGUGCCGAGCCGUCACGUCAACACGAGGAUCGGCGACGGUCUGCGGCGGCUGACGGACCCAACACCGUCGAUCUGA